GCUGGUGUUGAGCAAGAAUUUGUACACUCCCGUGUUUGAUUUACGACUGCAGACACUGUAAUGAGCAACAGGCUCAGGCUCUCAGUGGAUCAUCAUAUCGCAGACUGUAAACUGGAGUGAUAACUGAAAGGAUCUGCUGUGAUUCAAGCAAAAACAUAAAAAAACGUCCAUUGGUUAACCAGGGAGGAACCUGCAGGAGCUGUUAGCAGCAUCGGGAUUACUCAAAGUUUAAAGGAAGGUCGAGAUCUUGCAAAAAGGCUGACUGAGAAGAAGGUUUAGAAGAGCAGUGACCAGGCUGUCAGAGCUUCAGGAAUGGUUUCUAAGGUCAUCUCAGCUGCAUAUUUGACUCUAUGGAUCAGUUCUUCUGUCUUCACCUCAGCUCAGGAUCCCUACAUGACCAGAGCGCUGGAGCUGAUGUCCAAGACGCCUCUCAUCGAUGGCCAUAACGACCUGCCAUGGCAGCUCCGAUUGCAGUUCAACAACGAGCUGAACAAAGUUGAUCUCAACACUUUGGAAACGACACACACCAACAUCCCUAAAAUCAAGGCAGGGCGGCUGGGAGCACAGUUCUGGUCGGCCUACGUUCCCUGUGAGUCUCAGUACAAAGAUGCUGUCAGACAAACACUGGAGCAGAUAGAUGUGGUUCACAGGAUGUGUGAAAAAUACCCUGAAACCUUCAUGUUUGCCACCAGUAGCCAAGACAUCAUGGAGGCUUUCAACACGAAUAGGACGGCCAGUCUGAUCGGGGUGGAGGGGGGUCACUCCCUGGACAGCAGUCUGGCCACGCUGCGCACCAUGUACCACCUGGGGGUCCGUUACCUCACACUCACACAUUCCUGCAACACACCGUGGGCUGAUAACUGGCUUGUUGACACUGGAUCAGAGCCAUCUCAACACAACGGCCUGUCUACUUUUGGGAAGCAACUGAUAUUGGAAAUGAACCGGCUGGGGAUGCUGAUCGACUUGGCCCACGUGACCGAAGCAGUGAUGAACCAGGUGCUCGACAUGUCUCAAGCUCCGGUCAUCUUCAGCCACUCCUCCGCCUACAGCGUCUGCCCGCACAAGAGGAACGUCCCAGAUGAUGUUCUCCUCAAAGUGAACCAGACAGGCGGAAUCGUUAUGGUGAACUUCUACAACGAUUACGUGACCUGCAGCAAAACCGCCAAGAUCUCAAAUGUUGCCGAUCACUUUGACCAUAUAAAGAAAGUGGCCGGCGCGGGCAUCAUUGGCUUUGGUGGAGAUUACGACGGCGUAACCAGACUACCAGAGGGUCUGGAGGACGUGUCCAAGGUGCCCAAAGUGGUGGCUGAACUGCUGAGGAGGGGAUGGACUGAUGAGGAGGUCAACGCUGCUUUGGGAAAUAACCUGCUCAGAGUCUUAAGCCAAGCGGAGAAGGUCAGGGACGCUCUCAAAGAGACGAGGCCAGAUGACGUUCCUAUUCCAUACGACGAGGUGAAGAAUGUGUGUAGGACGAGCUAUGGUUACCGCAGCGCUGGCGCCCACCACUCCCUCGGCGCAGCGGCCCUCCUGCUCACACUCGCCCUCCAAGCUCUGAUCCCAUUAAGUGUUUCAUGAGCUGUUCAGCACUACAGCUCGUGGUCGCCAAUCAUUUACACGGGGCUGCUAAUAAAGUCUGAUUUAACAGUC